AUAUCGAGUCAAAUAUGGGGAAAAAAAAUUCUGACAUUGGGCUUGUAGUUCCAAUGAAUUUCUCUUUUGAUUUCGAUUAUUCCAAUUAUGAACGGGGAAUGCUACCAAAGAUAAAUCGAAGUCCAGACAUCCAAAUCCAGAUGGAUUUCUUCUUCUAAGCUCUCUCCUGCUGUCUUUCUUUUUGCAGAAGCCCUCCAAAGUUCGUGUGUCUUCACUAACUAGGUAUGGAACGAGCUCCUCCCCAUCUCUCAGAUGUUCAUCUCUCUCUCUCUCUCUCUGCGUGCUUUGCUCUCCCACUGUUCACAACUAUCUUGUUUUUUUUGGAGAUGCUUAGUUUGAGGUACUCUCCUGCAAUUGUUACGAGAAGACUGGAAUCUAUUAGUAUUUCCAAGAAUUCAAGUGGUGCUGUGGUAUGUGCUGCUAAGGGUCCACGACCAAGAUAUCCUCGAGUGUGGAAAUCUAGCAGAAGAAUUGGAACCAUCUCAAAGGCAGCAAAGCUUGUCAACUCUAUAAAGGGCUUAUCAAAUGUGAAAGAGGAAGUUUAUGGGGCACUUGACUCGUUCAUUGCAUGGGAGUUGGAGUUCCCUUUAAUCACAGUGAAGAAAGCUUUAAAGACCCUUGAGUAUGAAAAAGAAUGGAAGAGAAUAAUUCAGGUGACUAAGUGGAUGUUAAGCAAAGGUCAAGGAAGAACAAUGGGUAGUUACUUUACAUUACUAAAUGCUUUAGCAGAGGAUGGAAGACUCGAUGAAGCUGAAGAACUCUGGUCAAAGUUAUUUUCAGAGCAUUUAGAUGCCAUGCCUCGUGUCUUCUUUGACAAAAUGGUUGCUAUAUACCAUAAGAGGGACAUGCAUGAUAAAAUGUUUGAGAUAUUUGCUGACAUGGAAGAGCUAGCUAUCCGACCAACUGUCACUAUUGUUUCAAUGGUUGGCGAUGCAUUUCGGAAGCUGGGUAUGAUGGACAAAUACACAAAAUUGAAGAAGAAAUAUCCUCCGCCAAAAUGGGAAUAUCGAUACUUUAAAGGAAAGCGUGUUAGGGUUCGAGUAAAACCUUCCAGUGAAUCUGACAAUGGUGGCAAGGGUGUAAAUGAGUAUGAUGUGGAAACUAGUGAGAAUUCAAACACAUUGUAUGUGGAAGAAAAUAGUUCCAAUGAAUGAAGCUAAUUAUUCUUCUUGAAA